AUGGACAAGGUGAUGAAGUUGGCGUCGCAGAGGGCAGUCGUCGUGUUUAGCUUGAGCUCGUGUUGUAUGUGCCACACCGUGAAGAGCCUCUUCCAUGACCUUGGUGUCAAUGCCGCUAUCCAUGAGCUCGACGAAGUCCCGUGGGGGCGAGAGAUGGAGAAAGCUCUGGCUAAGCUCGUGGGGCGAAACUCACCGGUGCCAGUCGUGUUCAUUGGAGGGAAGUUGAUUGGAUCGACCGACAAAAUCAUGUCGUUGCAUCUUGGGGGCAGGCUGGUCCCUCUCCUUCGUGAUGCGGGCGCGCUUUGGGUUUGACAAGUAAAUCUUGCUUAACUCAAUAAA